UGUGUUGCUUUUCUCGCAAUAUAUCGAAGCGCAAAAUGUUUAAAAGAGAGCACAUAUCAAGAAAUGUUCGAAUUGGACGGAGAUUUCGACUUGGACGAGGAUUUUCUUCAAGAGGUAUUUGAAACAGAAAACGAGGCCACAAAGAAUACUGCAGGAAGCAAAACGAAAGGAGAAAAGCGUUCUUUUCCAGGAAAGGAACCUCGUAUAUCCACAAAGAAAAACAAAUUAUCAAGCAAUGACUAUACCAGUUCACAGUUUGAAAAUAGGGUUCCAUUUGAGAGCAGAAGUAAAGACAGUAUAAAUGAUAUUGAUAAUAACGAUGCUGAAACUUAUGCAGAACUGAACAAUGUGCACAAAGUGAGUAACAUUAGUCUGAGUGCAUCUGAGACAAGAGUUCAUUCCAUAAGAAAUGAUAGAUGUAAACAGUCAGGUUUGAGAAUGCAGCUGGACAACACACGCUCUACUUUGUCAGACAACUGUCCUGGUAGAAGCACUGCAGCCAUGUUUGAGCCAAGAGUACAGAUGCUUUUAGAUAGAAGGUACAGAAGCUGUGGGGGCAGUACAUUAGAAGAGUCAGUGAGGUGUGACCCAGCCCCACAGUGCUGCAUCAGGACUGGUCAGACUGUUCGUCAGCGAAAGUUUCCAGGGCCAGCAGGCUUGCUUCCAGACAAGGACCAGGUGAUGAAUCAGCCCACUGCUUCAAUGCCUAUACCAGACUCAGAGAUACUGCAUAAUGAGAAUCCUCUGUGCUUCCAGUCAUCAAGCUCAAUGUUUGAGGGUGUAGCCUGGCAACAGAUGUUAAGAGAUUUUGAGUUGAGUGAUAACAGUGGGCCCCUCAGUCAGUUUACAGUGGCAUGGGUUAAGAGACGUGCUGCCGCACGUCAAUUACUGCAUCAGAAAGUUCCAUUCCUUGUGACAGUGCUGCGUGAUCUGGAUUGUAGCUCACCCGAUCCAUGCGUUGUUUUACAAGACAGAACAGGUGAGGUCCAUGGAACAUUGCAUCGUGAAGUAUGGGAACAGUAUGGAGGACAGCUGCUGCCUGGGUCUGUCCUAGUGCUUCGUCAGGUUGGCGUGCUGAGCACUGGCAUCACUGCAAGACGACACUAUCUCAAUAUCACCUGCAAUAACAUCAUCAAUAUAUACAGUAAUAUUGUACAAGAAGAGAAUGAUGGACAGCAUAGCUGUGAGGUCAGAACUACAAGAGUGCAUCAGGUUACUCGUGCUGAACUCCUGAAGAGUACAAGUGACUGGCAGGCACUCCACUCUGCUCCUGAAACUUCCCCAGAUUGUCAGCCUGUGAACUCCAUGUUCAGUACUGUUGGUAGUCCUGCAAGUCUCUCAGUAACCUGCUAUGCUUUAAAUCAAAGUGGAAAUGUUACAGGUAAUGCUUCUCCUCUGUCAUCCCGUCCAAAUGGUUGGCAGCAGUCAGCUUUUAGUGUUCCUAAAUUGUUGUGUGGUACAAGAGUACCACAAACUUCUGAGAGAAUGUUGUGGAACUCAGUUAAUAACAGAGGCAAUACUAAGUCUGGCAGUUCUUUAAAUGACAGUGUUGAGAUCAGGAAAACAAAUCUGCAGAAUAUGACAGACAUGGAAAAAUCUUCUCAUGGCAGGAUGUAUACAUCCUCAACUGAAAAUAUCAGUAGCCCAUUUAACAGGAGAGUCAUGGAAGCUACAGCACAGUCAGUAUAUGGCAGAUGUGCUUCAUCAGAACAUAAUUUGUCAGGUUUGCCACAACAGAUUAAAAUAGAUGAAGUUUCUAAUAAUGAAAGUUUCAAGUUUCACCCACAGAUCGCUCAUGCUUCAGGUAGAAGGAAUGUAUUGAAUCCUCUGCAUCAGAAUGACGAAGGAAAGACUUCUGGGACUAAAGGCUUCAAGUUUCUACCACAACCAUCUCUUCCUUUCAUUUCUGAUAAGACUGAUAUGUUAGCUCAAAAAUUUAAAGGUGGUUUCAUACCCAAAGUGUCACAUUUUGGAAGUUCAUCAGCUUCUGCUUCCAAGGCCUCAAACCCCUCUCAAGUUCCUGCCAUUCCUAGUGCAUCAUCUGAUGUCUCAGACUUCAAUAGAACUUCAAAACUUACAGAAAAUGUAGCAAAACCUUUGCAACAAACUCCCACUCCUUCUGCAUCUUUGACGUUUGGUAGUGCAAGUGCUGUAAUCAAUGCAGAGGUUGAAAGUUCAGUGUUGGAGGUUUUGGAAGGACUUGACACUAGCUCAUUGUUUGAUGAUUUCUAAAUGCCUGUCAUUCCACACAGUAUUGUGUUAAUUAUAGCAGUGGUGCCAACUAUGACUCAAGAAAUUCAGUCCUUAGUUUAAGUUACCUCUGCAUGUUGCUUGUAGACCCUUUGUGUCCUACUUAAACUCCUUCCUGUCUCCAUCCUGAAUGCUUAGGUCCUCAGUGUUUACCCUGUUACUUUACAAUAUGGAGAAUAUUUUAUAUUGUUUCACAAAAGAACCAAUGGCAUCAUUCACCGCCUCCUUUGUGAUGGAUGAAAGAUGUUAUCGACAUCACAGAUCACUAAGAUAUAAAUGUUCAGCUGUAUUAGCUCAAAAAAGUUAGUCAUUCAUCCAAGAGAUGGCAGGAGAAGAUUGAAAACUGUGGUGGCACUUACAGGCACUUUGAGUGGUAGCUGAAAUCCUAGCAUAAGGCACUUUUGGGCCUUUAAACCUGGAAGGGGUUGAAAGGAAUAUUGCGUGGACUUAGAACUAUAUUUAAAUGGCACAAUGGGUCGCUUCUGGUCUCAUGCGUCAGGCUUAUCAUCAUCAUAUAAUUGGCUAACAUGGACUCUAGAAAGACUGACUUUCACCUGAUGCCAUUUAGUUUAAUGAAAACUCAAUUUAAAAUACCAUAAUUUAGUGAUUUAAGGUGUACUGUAUUCAGGAAGGACCCAAAUGUUUGUCACUAUUUUUAUUUUGUGUGCUGAACCUCAGAUUUUGUUAAUGGGAGAGGAACAUUUAACAUAAUGGUUCCAAGUGUUUUGACUUAGUGAGAUAUUUCUGGCAGCAAAACAGUUCACUGCCUGUCAUUGGAAAAUGUGAAAUCAACAGAGAUGGCAUGCUGACUGAGAUCAUUUCAAUUUUGGGCUCUGUAUAAAUGUUUAUACUCAGAAAAUGUUAUUUUUCUAAGCAUUUUGCUGUAGUGGUGCUGCUUUUCUCAGAUGUAAUAAGAAUAUACUUGUAAAAAUGUAUAUAUUUUUUGUAAGUUAUUUUAUGAUUAUCUGUGAUUGUUUCUCUUAAAUAGUUGAGUUAUAAGGAGAGACAAAAUAAAAAAUAGGCACGAG